AUGAGCAACAUUUACAUCCGGGAGCCUCCCACGAACGGGAAGGUUUUAUUGAUAACCACAGCUGGAGAUAUUGAUACAGAGUUGUGGUCAAAAGAAGCUCCUAAAUCCUGCAGAAAUUUCAUUCAGCUGUGUUUGGAAGCAUAUUAUGACAACACCAUAUUUCAUAGAGUUGUACCUGGUUUUAUAGUCCAAGGGGGAGAUCCUACUGGUACAGGGACUGGUGGAGAGUCUAUCUAUGGAGCCCUAUUCAAGGAUGAAUUCCACUCACGGUUGCUUUUUAAUCGGAAAGGUCUGGUUGCCAUGGCAAAUGCUGGUUCUCAUGAUAACGGUAGCCAGUUUUUCUUUACACUGGGUCGAGCAGAUGAACUUAACAAUAAGCACACCAUCUUUGGAAGGGUUACAGGGGAUACAGUAUAUAACAUGCUGCGACUGACAGAAGUAGACAUUGAUGGUGAAGAAAGACCACGUAAUCCACACAAAAUAAAAAGCUGUGAGGUUUUGUUUAAUCCUUUUGAUGACAUCAUUCCAAGAGAAAUAAAACGGCCAAAAAAAGAGAAACCAGAGGAGGAAGUAAAGAAAUUGAAACCCAAAGGCACAAAAAGUUUUAGUUUACUUUCAUUUGGGAAGGAAGCUGAGGAAGAAGAGGAGGAAGUAAAUCGAGUUAGUCAGGGUCCUAGGCUGUAA